GUGUUCAUCGCCAUUGUGUUGUUACUUCUAUGGUCUACAAAUGUUUCGCCGCAGUACAACUUAGUGGAGCUGUUCUCUGGCGAGGGAUGCAUAGCACGUGUCUACAGGGAAUCUGGUCUGUCUGCGGUUGAAUAUGAUUUCAUCCACGGCCGAUCCAUGAACUUUCAUUCGCCAUCUGGGCUAACGCUUCUCUUGAUUCUCUGCACAUCAAUGCAAGUGCUGUGGAUUGUGGAGCAACCGGGAUCUUCGCAGUCGGUGUUUUCCCGGCAUUGGAGAUUUGAAAAGUUCUGCAACCAUAUUUGUUGGGAAGCUUGCCUGAAAUUGUUGUGGGGGCUGGCCACGAAUGUGUUGACCAAAGAUGAGCGGCUUGCACGCACAAGUGUGAGGACCACCCGAAGCUGA